CUCUGCGCGCGCACUUUUUCUCUUUUCCUGGUACAUCGAGCUGUAGCCGGUGGCGAAGUCCCCGGCCCGAACCAUCCCUCGCCAUCUGGGCCGCCCGAGGCUGUUGCAGCCUUCUGGCAGACCUUUUGCUUGGCUCUGUGUCCACGUGUUCUGCAUAAGGAUUUGCAUUGAUACAGAAAAUUGGAAGAAUAAGAAAAGUUUGAGAAGAUGGCAAAGUUCAUGACACCUGUGAUCCAGGACAACCCCUCGGGCUGGGGUCCCUGUGCAGUCCCCGAGCAGUUCCGGGAUAUGCCCUACCAGCCGUUCAGCAAAGGAGACCGGCUAGGAAAGGUUGCAGACUGGACGGGUGCCACAUACCAAGAUAAGAGGUACACAAAUAAGUACUCCUCUCAGUUUGGUGGUGGAAGUCAAUAUGCUUAUUUCCACGAGGAGGAUGAAACGAGUUUCCAGCUGGUGGAUACAGCGCGCACGCAGAAGACCGCCUACCAGCGGAAUCGGAUGCGGUUUGCACAGCGGAACCUCCGCAGAGACAAAGACCGACGGAACAUGUUGCAAUUCAACCUGCAGACCCUUCCUAAGAGCGCCAAGCAGAAGGAGAGAGAACGUAUACGACUACAGAAAAAAUUCCAGAAACAGUUUGGAGUGAGGCAGAAAUGGGACCAAAAAUCACAGAAACCCCGAGACUCUUCAGUUGAAGUCCGCAGUGACUGGGAGGUGAAGGAGGAAAUGGACUUUCCUCAGUUGAUGAAGAUGCGUUACCUGGAAGUGUCGGAGCCGCAGGACAUCGAGUGUUGUGGGGCCCUGGAAUACUACGAUAAAGCUUUUGAUCGCAUCACGACGAGGAGCGAGAAGCCACUGCGGAGCAUCAAGCGCAUCUUCCACACUGUCACCACCACAGACGACCCUGUCAUCCGGAAGCUGGCAAAGACUCAGGGGAAUGUGUUUGCCACUGAUGCCAUCCUGGCCACUCUGAUGAGCUGCACCCGCUCCGUGUAUUCCUGGGACAUUGUCGUCCAGAGAGUCGGCUCCAAGCUCUUCUUUGACAAGAGGGACAACUCUGACUUCGACCUCCUGACAGUGAGUGAAACAGCCAACGAGCCCCCUCAGGAUGAAGGUAAUUCCUUCAACUCGCCCCGCAACCUGGCCAUGGAAGCAACCUACAUCAACCACAACUUCUCCCAGCAGUGCUUGAGGAUGGGGAAAGAAAGAUACAACUUCCCCAACCCAAACCCGUUUGUGGAGGACGACAUGGAUAAGAACGAAAUAGCCUCUGUUGCAUACCGCUAUCGCAGGUGGAAGCUCGGAGACGACAUCGACCUUAUCGUCCGCUGUGAGCACGACGGCGUUAUGACUGGCGCCAACGGCGAGGUGUCCUUCAUCAACAUCAAGACCCUCAACGAGUGGGAUUCCAGGCACUGUAAUGGUGUUGACUGGCGUCAGAAGCUGGACUCUCAGCGAGGGGCUGUCAUUGCCACCGAGCUGAAGAACAACAGCUACAAGUUGGCCCGAUGGACCUGCUGUGCUUUGCUGGCCGGAUCAGAGUACCUCAAGCUUGGUUACGUGUCCCGGUACCAUGUGAAAGACUCCUCACGCCACGUCAUCCUGGGCACCCAGCAGUUCAAACCCAAUGAGUUUGCCAGCCAGAUCAACCUGAGCGUGGAGAAUGCCUGGGGCAUCCUGCGCUGCGUCAUCGACAUCUGCAUGAAGCUGGAGGAGGGCAAGUACCUCAUCCUCAAGGACCCCAACAAGCAGGUCAUCCGCGUCUACAGCCUGCCCGACGGCACUUUCAGCUCCGACGAGGACGAGGAGGACGAGGAGGAGGAGGAGGAGGAAGAGGAAGAGGAAGAAGCUUAAACCAGACGUUGAGGGAGCCGGAGUUUGUAAUCCCACCGAGCCUACCAGGGCCUUGGCUGCCCAGUGGAAUGUUUGUCUGAUUCUUACUCUCUGAAGUUUGGCAGAUGGAAUAAAGUAUAAUUCUGUUUCGUCUCUUACCUUCA